UCACUCGACUGAGAGUUUCGAUCGUGCGAUCGUCGUCGCAUUCCUCGUAAAUCCGUUGAGCGUUGCGGUUGUUGCCUGUCUCUCUCCCGAGCGACGACGACAUAUGACGGAAGUCGCUCAUCAAUCUCCUCCAGCAGCAGUGAAAAGGAACAACGAACCAACUUCAGUUAUGAAUUGAGCUGUGGAAGAAGGAUAAACCCAACCAGAAACACGCCAAAUCGAUCAGUUUAACCCCCAAAAUAUACUGCCAACCCAGGAGAGUGCAGAAUCCAAGCCAAAGGCCAAGUCCAAACCCAACGAAAACCCACCAUGAAGCGCAGCAGGUGGAGCUGCGGCUCCUCCUCCACAGCGCGUUUGCUGCUCGCCGGCGUUCUACUCUCCUGCUGUACCCCCCAAGCACUGGGCGCCCAGCGCACGACCAUAAACUCCGCCGGACACGAGCUGCGUGCGACGACUUUUAUGCCGGCACUGGAGUGCUACGAUCCCUACGGCAGACCGCAGAAAUGCCUGCCCGAGUUCAUCAAUGCCGCAUACCAACUGCAAUUCGAAUCCACCAACACCUGCGGCGAGCAGAGCGACACACAUUUUUGCAUACAGAAUCCGAAUCACAAGAAUUGCGAAUUUUGCAGAUACGAAGAUCACAAUCCCUCAUUUCUGACGGACUUGCAUGAUCCACAGAAUCCAUCCUGGUGGCAAUCGGAGACCAUGUUUGAGGGCAUACAGCAUCCCAAUUAUGUGAAUCUGACGCUGCAUUUAAGAAAAUCCUAUGACAUCACCUAUGUGCGCAUUCUGUUCCGCUCUCCGCGGCCCGAAUCCUUCACCAUCUACAAGCGCACCUCGGAGACUGGUGCCUGGAUUCCCUACCAGUACUACAGUGCCACGUGCCGGGACACCUACUACCUGCCCGACUCCCGGGCCAUACGCAAGGGCGAGGGCGAGGCUCAUGCACUCUGCACCAGCGAGUACAGUGACAUCUCCCCCCUCCGCGACGGCGAGAUUGCCUUCUCCACGCUCGAGGGUCGUCCCAGUGGCAUCAACUUUGAGCGCAGCUUGGAGCUGCAGGACUGGGUCACAGCCACCGACAUUCGCAUCACGCUGGAUCGUCUCAACACUUUCGGCGAUGAGUUGUUCGGCGAUCCGCAGGUGCUCAAGUCCUACUUCUAUGCCAUCAGUGACAUUGCCGUGGGCGCACGUUGCAAGUGCAACGGUCACGCCAGCAAGUGUGUGGCCAGCACGGGCAUGCACGGCGAGCGGACGCUGGUCUGCGAGUGUCGGCACAACACCGAUGGACCCGACUGCGAUCGCUGCCUGCCGCUGUACAAUGACGUCAAGUGGAAGAGGGCCACCUCAUCGGAAGUUAACGAGUGCAAAGCUUGCAACUGCAAUGGACUGGCGGACAAGUGCUUCUUCGAUGCUCAUCUCUUCAAUCAGACGGGCCAUGGCGGCCACUGCCUGGACUGUCGCGAGAAUCGCGAUGGUGCCAACUGUGAGCGCUGCAAGGAGAACUUUUACAUGCGCGAGGAUGGCUACUGUGUCAACUGUGGCUGCGACUCCGUUGGCUCCCGUUCGCUGCAGUGCAACAGCCAGGGCAAGUGCCAGUGCAAACCCGGAGUCACGGGCGACAAGUGCGAUCGCUGCGACAACAACUACUACCAGUUCGGACCGCAUGGCUGCCAGCCGUGUGGCUGUGAUGGCCGUGGCUCCCAUGAGAACACACCCGCCUGCGAUGCGGAGAGUGGCAUUUGUUUCUGCAAGGAGAAUGUCGAGGGCAGGCGUUGCAAUGAGUGCAAACCUGGCUUCUUCAAUCUGGACAAAAUCAAUCGUUUCGGCUGCACGCCUUGCUUCUGCUAUGGCCACACCUCCGAGUGCCAGACUGCGCCCGGCUACUCCAUCGUCUCUGUGGCCUCCAAUUUCAACAAGUUCAAGGAACGCUGGACAGCCAUCGAUCUGAAUCGCCGCGAGGUGGACAUCAAGUACAAUCAGUACAGUCGCAGCAUCGGCACCACGGCCCAGGGCAAUGAAUUCGUCUACUUCCAGGCGCCCGAUCGCUUCCUGGGCGAUCAACGCGCCUCCUACAAUCGCGACCUCAAGUUCAAGCUGCAGCUGGUGGGUCAGGUGGGGCCGAGUACCAGCGCCAAUGAUGUCAUCCUAGAGGGUGCCGGCAGCAAGAUUUCGCUGCCCAUUUUCGCGCAGGGCAAUGGCAUACCCGACCAGAAUGUCAAGGAGUACACGUUCCGGCUGCACGAGCAUCACGACUACCAGUGGCAGCCGAGUCAGUCGGCACGCGGCUUCCUCUCCAUCCUGUCCAAUCUGACGGCCAUCAAGAUCCGCGCCACCUACUCGGUGCAGGGUGAGGCCAUACUCGACGAUGUGGAGCUGCAUACGGCGCAUCGUGGUGCUGCUGGACAGCCGGCCACCUGGAUCGAGCAGUGCACCUGCCCCGAGGGUUACCUCGGACAAUUCUGCGAGUCCUGCGCUCCUGGCUACAGGCACAGUCCGGCCCGCGGUGGACCCUUCAUGCCGUGCAUCCCCUGCGACUGCCACGGCCACGCGGACAUCUGCGACUCGGAGACGGGUCGCUGCAUCUGCCAGCACAACACCUACGGCGACAACUGCGACCAGUGCGCCAAGGGCUUCUACGGCAUCGCCCUCGGCGGCACGCCCUACGACUGCAAGCGCUGCCCCUGCCCCAACGAUGGCGCCUGCCUGCAGAUCAACGGCGACACCGUCAUCUGCACAGAGUGUCCCGUGGGCUACUUUGGCUCCCGCUGCGAGCAGUGCAGCGAUGGCUUCUUCGGCGACCCAACCGGCCUGCUGGGCAGCGUGCAGACCUGCACGGGCUGCGACUGCAACGGCAACGUGGAUCCCAAUGCGGUGGGCAACUGCAACCGCACCACCGGCGAGUGCCUCAAGUGCAUACACAAUACGGCGGGUGAGCACUGCGACCAGUGUCUGCCCGGACACUUUGGCGAUCCGCUGUCCCUGCCCCACGGCAAGUGCGACCGCUGCAGCUGCUACGACGCCGGCACGGAACAGGACGAGCAGAGCAUUUCCCGCUGCGAUCAGGUCACGGGACAGUGCCAGUGCAAGCCCAAUGUGAUCGGACGCGACUGUGGCGAGUGCCAGCCGGGCUACUUCAACAUAAGAUCCGGCAAUGGAUGCGAGAACUGCCUGUGCGAUCCCGUGGGCAGCUUCAACUCCACCUGCGAUCGCUACUCGGGCCAGUGCCACUGCAAGCCGGGCGUUGUGGGUCUGCGCUGCGAUCAGUGCGCCAAUUACUUCUACGGCUUCUCCUCGGAGGGCUGCAAGCCGUGCGAGUGCGACGAGAGCGGCUCCAAGGGCUUCCAGUGCGACCAGAGCGGACAGUGUCCGUGCAACGACAAUGUAGAGGGACGCCGCUGCGAUCGGUGCAAGGAGAACAAGUACGAUCGCCAUCGCGGCUGCAUCGACUGUCCGGACUGCUACAACCUCGUGCAAGAUGCCGCCAACCUGCAUCGCGCCAAGCUGGCCAAUCUCAGCUCCACCCUGGACGAGAUUGCACGCACCCCGGUGACCAAUGACGAGGAGUUCGAGGCCAAGCUGCGUGCCGUGCAGGAGAAGGUGGCUCUGCUCUCGCAGGACGCUCGCGACAAUGUCGGCGAGGGCGGGCAGACCUAUGCCGAGGUCAUUGACGAUCUGCACAAGCGGCUGGACAGCGUGCGGGAGCAUCUGCAGAGCGCAGACAAGCUGCAGGAGGAUGCCAACGUGGAGAUAGACAAGGCCCGCAAAAACUACACCAUUCUGGAUGGUAUUACGGAGAAUGCAAAGCGGGAACUGCAGCAGGCGCUCGAUCUGCUGAACGAUGAGGGCACCCAGGCAUUGGCCAAGGCCAAGGACAAGUCCGUGGAGUUUGGCCAGCAAUCGCAGCAAAUAUCGGACAUAUCGCGCGAGGCUCGUGCCCUCGCCGACAAACUGGAGUCGGAGGCGCAAUUCGAUCUGAAGAACGCCAAGGAUGCCAUGGAUGCCGUGGAGAAGGCUCACCUUUUGGCCAAGAAUGCCAUCGAUCUGCAGCAAAAGAUCAGCGUGGAGCUGCGCUCCGAAGUGCGCCUCGAACUGGACCAGGUGAAGCAGUCGCUGGGCGCCGUCGCUCAAACCUCCAAGCAGGCACUGCGCAAGGCCAACGAGGUCUACGACACGGCCCUCACACUCUUCAACGACGUGAACCGACAGACCCAGCCGGACAUUGACAUCAAUCAGCUGAAACAGGAUGCUGUGGAGGCCAACGAACGCGCCGACAUGCUGCUCAAGCAGAUCAACGAGCUGUCCAACAGCAACGGCGAGGUCUUUGCCGAUUUUGAUGAGGAGCGCACCCUGGCGGAGGUGCUGCUGGAGCGCGCUGACAAGCAAAAACAGGACGACAUUGAGCUGCUGGAACGAGCCAAGGCCGCUCACGACAAGGCCACCAAGGCUGUAGAGCAGGGCGACAACACACUGAAGGAGGCGAACAACACUUACAACACGCUCGCUGGCUUCCAGUCGGACGUUCAGCGCUCAUCCGAAAGUGCUGCGCAGGCGCUGCAAACAGUGCCAAACAUCGAGCAGGAGAUACAGAACGCCGAGAGCCUGAUCAGUCAGGCGGGUGAGGCCCUGGAUGGAGCCAACAAGAAUGCCAACGAGGCCAAGAAGAACGCACAGGAGGCGCAGAAUAAAUAUGCCGAGCAGGCCUCAAAGGAUGCCGAGCUGAUACGCCGCAAGGCCAACGAGACGAAGGUGGCUGCCAGGAACUUGCGCGAUGAGGCCGAUCAGCUGAACCAUCGCGUUAAGCUCACCGAAAUGGACAUCUUCAAGCUGGAGGAGAGCUCCACCAAAGACGACAAUCUGGUGGAUGAUGCCAAGCGAAAGGUGGGCCAGGCCAAGGCCGAUACACAGGAGGCGCAGAAGCAGAUCGAGAAGGCCAAUGCUGAGCUGACAGCCAUCAAGGAUGAGUUGGAGAACCUAAAGGACAUUAAUACAGCGGAUUUGGAUAAGUUGGAAAAUCGUUUAACCAUUGUCGAGGGUGAAAUCAAUCGCGUGAAUCUGACGGGACGCAUUGAAAAGUAUCGGGAGCAGCGCACCAUACAGAAGAAUCUGAUUGACAAGUACGGCUCCGAGCUGAAGGAGCUGAUGAAGGAGGUCGAUAAUAUUGGACAAAUAUCGAAGGCACUGCCCAACAAGUGCUUUAGUCGCAAUCGCUUGGAGCCAUAGACGUGGAGUCCCACCUACCACCCAGAAUAAAAACUACUUCAAUUAACCCUAAGAAACAAGAGACGAGAACAAAUCAGAUUUAUGAAUGUAGAACGUAGCCGUUGAAUGAAAUUAUGUAAUUUUAGUGCCUUAGCCGAAAUAUUUUGUAUUUAGGUUUUCCCCCACAGAGAGAUCAACUAAACCCCACACGUUAAGCUUUAACGCAUCAUGCCAUAUAUUAUAAUGCAAUCGAAUGAUGAUGCCACUGUCGAGAAAACAACUGCCAGCUGUAUGGACUGUAUUAUAUAUUAAAAAAAGAAGAAAAACAGAGGAAUAAAAGCACAGAAACAAAUACGAAAGAGAAAAUCAUAAUCCUUGUAGCUCCAAUCAGUUAAACCAAUCUGAAAUCUAUUCUGCAUACCUUAUAUUUUAAUACAUAUUUGUCAUCUACGCUUAAUGUUUAAUGUGCCAAUUUGCAAUUACCAUGUAUCUUUGUGUAUAAGUUGCCUAAACAUUUCCCACACUCUUCAAAAUAUAUAACUUUUGCAACGUUGUAAUUUUGUAUAAA